GUCCGGUGACAUGCGCGGUGUAAUUGCCCGGGGCAAGAGAGACGCGCGUGCAAAGCAACACGAGAAUCAGAGCGAUCACACGCUUCAUAGAGCGAUCUCGGGUUCGCGCCUGAUAGGCCGUGUUAGGUGCCGCACGCGUGCGUGGCGAUCGGCCGUGGUUUCGCUGCCGCUAUCACUCGAAAUUUCGCAGCCCAACCUCUGCCCACCUCUGCGAACUGUGGCGAGCGACCUCUGCAUCUCGGCACCUCGGAUCCGCUCGUCAUUUGCAUUCAACCGUGAGGGAGGAACGACGUCGAGACGAGCAGCGAGGCAGCCGUAAUCAGGGACACGGCCCUUCUUUAACGCGGCUUUAACGGCCCGCAGCGACGCGGACGCGCUGGCUUUGCAGCGCGAAGCGCCUGCCUUCCCACCUUUCUUGGAGCUAUCGCAUCUAUGGAGUCACCACGUUUGCGCCCAUUGCACGCGGCGAACGUCGGCGGUCGGCAGCCGCGGCGGUGCAGUCUCGCGCGGUUUAUACUCGCACCAACUUGUGUUUAAACGUGUUUGCCCCAUCCGGUUGAAGUCCGGAUAGUUUUGUGUUCCGGAUACGGGCGCGCAGGGUUUGCCAGCCCUCCGAUUCCUCAUAUUUUCACGCCGGGUGACUGUCAUGAGCCGCAACUUGAUCCUCCGCGUCGGCCGCUCCAUGAGCCGAUCGAUGCAAGCACCCCGCCUUGUGGGCGGCCGCGCGCCCAUGCGCAUGUUCUCUACGGCCGACGAGAUCAUCGUCAACGUGCCGUCGAUGGGCGACUCCAUCUCGGAGGGCACCGUCGUCAGCCUCAAGAGCGUCGGUGACUACGUGCAUGCGGACGAAGCUGUUGUUGUGCUCGAGACGGACAAGGUCAGCGUUGACGUCAACGCGCCCCAUGGCGGCUUGAUCACGAGCAUCUUGGCCAGCAUCGACGAUGUGGUCAACGUUGGUGCGCCCUUGUUCACGCUCGACAAGGCGGCUCCUGCUCCGAUUGCCAAGGCGGCCCCGGCUGCGGCUGCCCCUGUCGUGCCCACGCCUGCUGCGGCGCCGGCGACUCCUGCCCCGGCUGCUGCCAAGGCGCCCGCCCCCAAGAAGCCGGAAACGGCGGCGGCCCCUGCCCCGACGGCUGCGCCUGUUGCUGGCAAGUUUAACCGCACCGAGACGCGCGUCAAGAUGAGCCACCUCCACCUGCGCAGCAACCAGCGCAUGAAGGACACGCAGGACACGGCGGCGGUCCUCACGACCUUCCAGGAAGUCGACAUUGGCAACUUGAUGGCGCUUCAGAAGGAGCUCGGCGAGACGUUCGAGAAGACGCACAAGGUCAAGCUCGGCUUCCUCUCUGCCUUUGUCAAGGCCAGCGCCAUGGCACUCCAAAAGGUCCCGGCCAUCAACGCUUCGAUCGACGACGAGGCCAAGGACAUUGUCUACCACGAGUACGCCGACAUCAACGUCGUCGUUGCGACCGAGAAGGGUGUCACGACGCCUGUGCUCCGCAACGUCGAGUCGCUCUCGAUGGCCGACAUUGAGCGCUCGCUCACGGACCUCGGCGCCAAGGCGGAGGAAGGCUCGCUUGCGAUCGAGGACAUGGCCGGUGGCACCUUUUCCAUUGCAAACGGCGCCGUCCAGGGCUCGCUCCUCAGCACGUCGAUCCUCCAUGCGCCGCAGUCGGCCAUCAUGAGCCUCCACGGCAUCCAGAACCGCGCCGUGUACCACGACGGCAAGGUCGUGUCGCGCCCGAUGAUGUACAUCUCGCUCUCGUACGACCACCGCUUGAUUGACGGCCGGGAAGGGGUCACGUUCCUCAAGACGGUCGCCGACGCCGUCAGCGACCCGCGCCGCCUCCUCCUCGAAAUUUAGACCCGAUACACAACCACAUCCCUGUGCUACAGUAUUGAUGCCACAUCCUCGUCUUGCUCUUUUCGAGACGCUUCGGCGACACGCAUGCUGGGCUCUACAUGGGUAUCACAUGAAGCCGGGCGAAGGACUGCGAGUACGAACGGCCAUGACGGAUGCGACGAGGAUGAAGCGCCUGCGCUGCUGUGUGGAAGCAGCCAAGCUUCACGCGUUGGACGUACUGGAGCUCAGGUAGCGGCAGAGCUGUACACAAAACACUCGGAGUUGGCAACAAGAAGAUUUCAUUACGCUGCCUCGUACGACAAAACUACUAGUUCUUACGCGGCCUUGCGGACCGGCGACAUGGCAAACGACAUGUUGGGGUUGAUGUGGCUCUUGAUGCCGAGCGCUUCGAGCGCCAAGUGCGCCGCCUUCUGGCCCGAGAUCAUCAUGCCGCCAAAGGUGGGGCCCAUGCGCGGCGCGCCGUCGAGCUCGGCCACUUCCAUACCGGCGACAAUCAUGCCGGGGACGAUCUCCUUGGUGCCG